CGACACCGGCAUAUCUGACCAAAUAUUAUCUCCAACCAUGGUCGCAGCUAUGAUGGCAAGACAGCAGUCGGGUGGAACCCGUCACAGCUGCGACGAGACUGCGUUCCAGUUCACCUGUUUGGGAACGAAUCCUCAGGUUUAUAUCAAAAAAACUCAAAGGAAGACCGAAACGCUCGAAAUAAAACGGUCUACGUCAGAUCUCCCACCGAAUAUCGCGACCCAUGUAGCAAAAUAUUCAUCACAAGUUGCCGCGGCCAUUUUCUCCCAAAUGCUGGAUUCCUCUUCACCACUUGUGAGCACUCUCCCCGCCCCAGAAAUCGCUAUGCAGCAGCUCCGGGAUGCCGCAAAGCGGCUUCAGGAGAAUACCGAUGCCCGAGCACUCUCGUACCUUUUACAAAACAACUGGCUUUCUACCGAGACACCAGAAUAUUUUUCAACGACCGAUCACACCUUGGAACCGAAUAUUUAUGAGGAAGGAUGUCCAUCAAUCAUGCAAUUCCUCACUACACCAAAUCCGAUUGUACCCUCGAGUACUCGGAAAUUAUCACCUGCCUCAGUGCCAACCCGAAGGCUGGAGAGCUCUGGCUUCAAUGGGGGUCAUGAGUCAUCACUUUGCCCCUCGAGCGUCGGUCUACCGGUGGGAAAACCUUGCGAUCUCUUGUACGGGGUUGAUCCACCAUACAACCCGUCGAGCGACUUGCUUUUGUUAGAACAUGGGGAACCCCCCGCGCAGGAGCUCCUAUGCGCCUCCCGGGGUUCAGUGAAAACCAUAUCGGUGGCUAGUUAUACGGGUGCCCAGGAAUCACCACGGGCCGCGGUGAUUGAUAGAAUGGGGCCCGAGCUGGAGCAUCGGGAAUUGAUCAAUACGAUAUUGGUGGUCCCGAUAGCGGAUCGCACUACCAUCAAUGCGUCCAAUAAUCACAUCCCCAAUAAAUUUGCAGGAUUGGGUGGCGAUAGUGAUUUCUUAGCACGAUCAGGUGAUGAAGCGAUGAAAAGGGAGGGUUCGAACAACCAGAUCCUUCAGGCAUUCUCCCAAUGCGAACCGUCAGCCUCUAGGUAUGCACAGCGAAAUUCCCAUGAUCGUGAUGGAGAAACUGGGUGGCCACCGGUAAAGAAGGCCAAAGUGCCGCAAGGUCGCCCAAUGCCGGUUAGGGGAGGUGUCGAUGGCGAACGUGAUGGUGGAGAUAAGAACAGAAAAGGCAUAAAAAUGAUGACUGACCAGAGGAAACGAAAGAAUUUCCCGGAUCAAAAUAGGUACGUCUUUCACAAGCAAACUUAA